AUGGACGACAAUAUUCUCGGCGAGGACCUUCCUCUGCCACCCACACGGCUCUUUGAGCGGCUAGCUCAUGUACCCAACUACACAUGGGACCAGUCGUUCGCGCCAUUCCACUCCACAUACGACCACUGGCACGUCUUCGGCAUCUUACACAACCCGGACGUAGAUGGUCCGACCACCUCGAGCAGCUUCCUGACCUCUAGAUCGACCCGUUCAGGGUCCGCGCGCGGCUCUCCGAAAGUUGAUCACAGGCCCUCGCUGAGGCAUACGCAUUGGAGCAGUAUUAGCGGCACCUCAGAAAGUAGCGACUUCUCAUCUUCGAAGGAAGAGCCGGACAUGAUAUGGAUCCCCGUUGUUGCAAGAAUCAGCACUCAUAUGCUCAAGCUUGAACGGGAGUACAACUUUUACAAAUCAAUCAUCAAACAAGAUGACCCCGACUGCAUCCAUAUCGGCCGACCGAUCGACAUCUUCCGCCUGCCUACCACUCCUGGAGAUGCACACUCGAUGAUCGUUUGUGUAUACGAAGCCCCUGGCAUAAAUCAUCUGCGCGAGAUUACCGAUUUUGGACCUGCAUUUUUCGGUCUCCAAAGCCGUAAGAAGAGUGUGAAUCCUGAGAAUAGUGGUCAGAUUGACCUGGCGUCCUUUCUCGACUUUGCUAUAGGCACCUGCGAGUGUCUCGAGCUUCUUCAUCACGGCGCUAAGACGGUUCACGGAGAGAUCCGGCAAGAUACUUUUCACUGGUCGAAAGAGGCAAACGUUGUCAAGCUGAUGAAUUGCGGCAGUGGACCAAGAUCCUUCGAGAAUCUGCUGUCCAGCGAAGGCUGGGCAACAUUAAGCAAAGAGCUGGGUGUUAAGAACAAGCUUCAGUUCAUUGCUCCAGAACAGACUGGCCGACUGCCAGCGGAACCUGACAGCAGGACCGACAUCUACAGCCUUGGAGUCCUUUUCUGGACUAUUCUCACAGGCCAACCCGCAUUCAACGCCGACACACCUAUCGAUAUUGUUCAGAAAGUGCUCAGCAGCCGUCUCCCCCUAGCCUCAUCCAUCAGAAUCGACAUCCCUGAUGUCAUUUCCCGCAUCAUUGCCAAGAUGACCCAGAAGCAGAUGGAUGCGCGAUACCAUUCAAUUAGUGGCUUGAAGUAUGAUCUGACGCAAGUCCAGAUGGCUCUGGGAGAAGGCGACCAGGAAAAAGUUGCGACUUACAAAAUCGGGGAGCAUGAUGUUUCGUCGUUCUUCAUCCUUCCAUCUAAACAAUUUGGCCGAAACAGUGACCACGAGCGCAUCGUCAAGAUCAUUGACAAGGUCUACAAACGUCAAAGUCAGAGCGCUAUUCGAAGUGGUCCAAACACGCACCUACUCCUCAGCAACACUUCUAAUUCGUCAGUGUCAGAAGAGAGGCUGGAUGUCGACAUUGCCGAUACUGAUUCCUCCAGCUCCUACAGUCUGCGCGAAACGAGGAGCAACUCGACUACUGUCGGUCUCGAAACUGCUCCCUACGCAAUGUCCGGUGCAUUCAAAGACCAUAGGCAUUUCCAAGGUGUCGGACGAGGCAUUGCCGAGGCCAGAACGAACUCCCUCGAUGUCUCAGAUCGCGAUAGCAGCUUCUCCGGUGGUUUUUCUCAGCAGUCAGAUUCGCUUGGGACCAUGUCUCGUCGCCGCAACAGUCAUAAAUGGAAAGCCAAGGGUAAGACUGAUGUGAUCUCGGUUCUUGGUGCGCAAGGAGUAGGGAAGUCGCUUCUUGUAAAAUCAGUCCAGCCGCACAUUCGCCGUCAUGGUUACUUCGCAAUGGCGAGGUUCGAUCGCGCGAGGCCUACACCAUUCGAGCCACUCAUCAAAGUCAUGAGUAGCUUAUUUCGCCAAAUUUUCUCCGAGCGCGAUGUCAGCACCUCUUACCACGAGCAUUUACGUUCUCAUGUUCGCCCGCUGUGGAAUGUUCUGCAUAGUGUCUUGGAUCUGCCCGAAAGUCUUUUGGACACGACUGCGCCCUCGAAGAAGAUCAUGCUUGCAACGGGCAACAGUGAUCUAGGGACACCUAGCAUUAAGACAGAGGAAACGAGGCCCGCAACAGCUGCUUCGUCUAACGCGAAUGUCACGGGGGUUCGUGACGCAAAUGACUUCCUACGUGGUCCUGCCAGUACCAAGUCUAUCCGUUUCAUGCACACCUAUGUGGAUGUCCUUCGGCUCAUGUCCAGCGGCAAGGUCAUUUGUCUUUGUCUGGACGACUUUCAUGCUACCGACAAUGAUUCCCUUGAGCUAGUGCUUCACAUCAUCAAGAGCAAGAUUCCAGUGGUCUUCCUUCUUGCUAGCCGUGCGGAUCAAGAAGGUGUCCCUGAGUCUGCUCGUAAAGUGAUGGAGCAAGAUGCGUCAUACCGCCUUGAGUUGACCAACUUGAAGGAAAAACAUGUUUUCGAAUAUGUUGCGGAAACCAUGUCACAGCCCGUCGAGACAGUGCUGCCACUUGCAGCUGUCGUUUUUGAAAAAUCUCGCGGCAAUCCCUUUCUUGUUCGUGAGAUACUUCAGCUAUGCUACCAACGCGAUUGUUUGUGGUAUGACUGGAGGAGCUCUGGAUGGCAGUUUGAUCUUGAUAAGAUCUUCACCGAAAUGAGUUCCGCUGAUUCCCCAGGAACGCUCGACGACACAUUUAUUACGAAGAAGAUGCAACUGCUAUCUCCCGCUCCCCGGGCUAUUCUGGCAUGGGCCUCCUUGAUCGGAGCCUCGUUUUCUUUCCGGUUGGUGCAAGAGAUCUUGACCGGCCAAUACUUUUACAGCAGUGGCCGAGACCAGGGUCACGACUUCACGUGCCCUAAGACCUUUCAGCAAUGGAACUUGACCGAAUCAGAAUGCAUUGAUGGCUUGCAGAAGCUUAUGAACAUGUAUAUGAUCGUACCAGGCGACUCGGACGACGAGUUCCGCUUUACGCACUCUCGCGUUCUUCGUGCUGCUAAUGAUAUGAGAGAAUGCCAGAACACUACCAAGAUGCAUUUCAUCAUCACGCAAGCAAUGAUGAGCUACCUCAGCGAAUGUCGGUACAACCUCUACCCGCUGGCGCGUCACAUAUGCCUGUGUGCCGAUAUCAUCAAAGAAAGAAUUCCCAACCGUAUUAGGUACCGAGAUGUUCUUUGGCGCGGUGCCCAAAAAGCUGUCGAAUCUGGUGCAAAAUCUACCGCCUUGUGGUACUACCAGACGAGUAUCGCUCUACUGCAAAAUGACAAGUGGAACGCCGACAACCCUGAUGUAUUCUACGACGAGUCCUUGCAGCUUUGUGUCAAUACAAGCGAAAUCUUGUACGCACUGAAAAAGGACGACGAGGCUCUAGAAAUGCUCAUGGAAACUUUCACCAAUGCCCGGUGCGAUGCAGACAGAACAAGGUCCUACAUCCUGAAAGGCCGCAUUUACUCGCGAAAGGGCCAAUAUGAUGUUGCUUUUGCGAAACUCAAGGAAUGCCUGGCUGGCCUUGGCCUCCCACUGCCUGACAAGUCUUGGACUGAGCUUGACAUUGACUUCAAGAAACUCGAAUAUAAGUUCCGGAACCUUGACCGUGCAGCACUUGUGCGCAGACCAUUGAGUGAGGCCAAAGCAGAUAUCGCCCUGGGUACUGUCCUGAGCGACAUGCUUGGUGCCGCGUACUGGUUUGAUAGCAAAUUAUGGUACCAGAUUGUCAUCAACUUCAUCGACAUUGUGGUGGAGCGAGGAAAUAUCGUGCAAGCUGGCGUUGGGUUUACCAUGCUGGCCGCUGCGAGCAUCGGUCGUUUCAAAGACUUUCAACUUGCAAUGCUCUAUGGCGAGACUGCCCAAGACUACUUCACCGCCUACGACGAUGUCUGGACCAGAGGCCGCGGCUGGACUCUCUACACACUGUUCGUGGGUCAUUUCCGGACUCCUAUCAGAAAUUUAUUGCCUGUCCUUGAGAAUGCACUCGAGUACUCCAUGGCGUCCGAAGAUCGAUUUAUCAGUAUACUCAAUGUAGGUGCGAUGGCACUCACUCGGCUUUGGGCAGGCCAAGACGUCGCAGAAAUUGAAGCUUUCUGUAGUUAUGGGCCCGAAGAGUGGGAUGACUGGGAGUUGGACAUGAGAGGUGGAGCCAUCCUCCUUGCGACUCGUCAGACAGUACGAGCAUUGCAGGGGAAGACCAAAGUCAACAACGUUGACACUAUGCUGGAUGAUGAUUCGUUCAAAAAGUCAACAUGGAUGGAGACUGUCAAGCAACAUGCCUCCAACCCUCAUCGACCUAGCGACCUCUUCGACGCCAUCACUAUUUCGGUCUACUUCAUGUACGAGCAGAUUGACUAUGUUGUUGAGACAGGCCGGAGACUGAUCAGCACUACCCUCGACGAUCUCUGGUCCAAUAGACCUUGUGCGGCGGUACGAUUCUAUCUCUGUAUGGCGCUCAUGUGCAAAGCAUGGGAUAUGCCAGACAUGGCUGAUCGGCUUCCUCUGCUCGAGGAAGCCCGAACGCUGAAGGCAUGGAUCGACAACUGGGGUAGUGCUUACGACGUUAACUAUCUCGCCUGGUCCCACCUCAUGGCCUCGGCUAUAGCAUGUGCUGCUCGAGACUUUCCCAACAUUAUCAACAACAUCGAGAUAGCCAUCGACCACUGUCAGGUGCAUGGCUUUGCUCUCGAAGAGGCAAUCGCUGUGGAGAUGCAAGCUGAGUUUCUCCUCGAACGCGGUGCAAAGAGAGCUGGCAAAGUCAUGAUUCAAGAAGCUAUGGCAGCCUACAACAGAAUCAGUGCCGUGGGCAAGGCGAAAUUCCUUGCCGAACGACAUGAGUGGCUGCUGAAGACUGCCACAACCACACGGGCGGUUGACAUGGGAGUUCAGACUAUGGACGUAGCCGACUUCGUGGGCAACGAGGAGCAAAGCAAGCGCGAAUAUACAAAGAAUUGGGUUGAACCUAAACAAGUCAAUGGAUCACCUCACGACGUAUCUGGUCUCGGGCUCGAUAUCUUGGAUUUGACCUCUAUUCUUGAGUUUUCGAGGAUCAUCAGCUCCGAACUACAGAUCAACUCGCUGUUGUCGAAAAUGGUGUCUGUGAUUCUGGAGUCUGUGGGUGGCCAAGCAGAGUUCUGUGCGAUCGUCAUCGACUCGGAAGAGCAAGGUUGGUGCGUUGCUGCGAGCGCUGAUCACGACACUGGCGUCAAGACAUAUCCUGAUGGCAUUCCAUUCUCGGAAGUAGACGACCAGGCCGCUCAGCAGAUCACCCACUAUGUGCUCAGGACCAAAGAAACAGUCUUUCUGCAAAACGUUCUCGAGGAUGACCGAUUCUCGAAUGUUGGCGAGCCAUACCUGGCACGAAACCCUGGUGGACGGGCGAUAAUCACGAUUCCCAUUGUCCAGGCUGAACAUCUCAUGGGCGUGAUCCAUCUCGAAGGUCGGCCUCACGCGUUCACGCAGCGCAAUCAUGUCGUCUUGAACCUCUUGACAAACCAGGUUGCAAUCUCACUCGGCAACGCGUUACUGUAUCGUAAGGUGCGCAAAGUCAGUGCUUCUAAUGCUAGCAUGGUUGAGUCUCAAAAGCGUGCGCUCGUGGCAGCUCGAGAAGCAGAGGCCAAGGCCAAAAAGGCUGAGGCCGAAGCUAUGCACAACGUGAAGCUCAAGGAAGAGGCGGCGAAAGCAAAGUCGAUCUUCCUAGCCAAUGUCAGUCAUGAGCUCCGAACGCCUCUAAACGGCGUUAUUGGCAUGUCUGAGCUCCUGAAAGGCACGCCUCUAGGGAAAGACCAAGAAGGUUAUGCGGACAGCAUUCGCGUCUGUGCUGACACCUUGCUCACCGUCAUCAACGAUAUCCUCGACUUCUCCAAGCUCGAGGCUGGCAAAAUGCAGAUGUUCACAGUUCCGCUCAAUCUCAAGGAGACCAUCACAGAAGUCGUUCGCGCACUCGCCUAUACCAAUCAGGAACACGGACUCAACACGGUUGAAGAUCUUCAAAUUGACGACAAUCUCGUGCUCGGCGAUCCCGUUCGGCUCCAUCAAAUCUUCAUGAAUCUUCUCAGCAAUGCCUACAAGUUUACGCCACAUGGGUCCGUUACAAUCCGAGCUCGAAAGGUUGCAGAGACGGGCCAGAAGGUCAAGAUCACUUGCUCCGUCGCAGACACGGGGAUUGGUAUUAGCGAAGAACAACUUGCUCGGCUCUUCCAACCCUUCUCGCAAGCUGACUCCUCGACUGCACGGUCUUAUGGCGGCUCAGGUCUUGGCCUGUCCAUCUGUAAAGCUAUGAUUGAGAACGUACUUGGCGGCAAGAUCUGGAUAGAAUCCACACCUGGCGUCGGAACCACAGUAUCGUUCACACUUACGUUCCGGAAAGCGCCCAAAGACAGCGCAGUUCCCGACAUGAAAAUUGCUGCCAAAGACCCAGAUCCAAUGGCCAAUUGGUCACAAGCCGCCAGUCCUGCCGGUGUGGACGAGAACAAAGACCCGAUGCCAGCCCACCUGGAUCUGUCGCGGAUUCCCAAAGAAGAUCUGCGGGUCUGCAUUGCCGAAGACAACGCUAUUAACCGGAAGAUUGCUAUAUCCUUUGUCAACAAGAUUGGCCUCAAAUGCGAAGCUUACGAGGACGGCAAGCUCGCCUAUGAAGCUCUGCAGCGAAAGUCAAAGGAAGGCGAACCAUUCCACUUGGUCCUCAUGGACGUUCAAAUGCCUGUUCUCGACGGAUAUGAAGCCACGAAGGCGAUUCGCAAAGAUUCGGACCCGAAUGUCAAUAAGGUCCUCAUCAUCGCGAUGACAGCCUCAGCAAUCCGAGGUGAUAGAGAAAAGUGUCUCGAGGCAGGCAUGAACGACUAUCUUGCCAAGCCAGUACGGCAGAACGUGCUGAAGAGCAUGUUGGACGAAUACAUGACCGACACGCAGGCAGCCAGAACUGCUGCCGCUGAUGGCGGGACCACCACCAAGGUCACGCCCGGCGAUAAAGCCUCGGGUCAAAGUGGACAGGAGCAAGCCAAGCAGCAGGAAGCGCAAGGCAAGCAAGCUGUCAACGGGGUCGAGGCCGCCAGUCUGAGUUCGAGAAGGCCGAUCAAGAAACAUCGCGACCAUAGUCACCUGUCGGAAACUACCAACAUGGUCUCCAGCGGAAGCCCACCAUCGGGCAAACGAGAAACGGACGAGUUGGGCAAGAUCUCGCGCGAACAAUUGUCGGAGAAGCCGCGUAGUAUGACGCACGAGAACCUACAGCAGGCGUUGAGCCAGCUUGACGGGAAUGCUAAUGGUGCUGUUGAAGGCGAGGGAGGAAACAAGAAUAACGGAGGCGCCGUGCAGCUGGACGGCGAGCAGCGGGCUGAGACGAAUGGCGAGCGGCCGACCAGUGGUUGA